AUGGCGGCGCUACGUCACCGCAGAGGCCUCCGUGUUGACAGUGUUCUAGAAAUGAUUCAAAAUUCGGACUUUGAGGAUGACUUUUCCAGUGAAAGUGAUUUAGAAAGUGGUGAUGAUGUCCCGUUAGCCAGAAUAAACCAGCGGCGAGCAGAUUCCGAUGAGGAAUUGGACUUGACUCAAGAUUUAGGAGAGCAGAUCAUUGAAGACGAAAUUGAUCAUGAAAAUAUCGAGUGGAACAACGAUAUAAAUUCAAGGGACAGCAGUAAUAUCCGCUUUAGAGGGAAACCAGGGCUAUCUGAGAAUGCCAUAGAGGAGUUAGGAGGAAAAGAAAAUUUGCCAGUGUCUACGCCAGGUCAGUUAUUCGGCCUCCUUUUUACCCACGCCCUCUUAGUCAUGAUAUGUCAGCAGACCAACCUGUAUGCCCAACAAGAAAGAGAGGCUUCACCAGGACAGCACAAAUGCCAGUGGACAGAAGUGACCCCCAGUGAACUGAAGUCAUGGCUUGGAAUUAUUUUUACGAUGGGACUUGUGAUAAAGGCUAACCUCAGGGAUUAUUGGACUUCCAACUGGCUAACUUCUACCUCAGGUUUUCGCAAAGUUAUGAGCAGAAACAGAUUUUUAUCAAUUCUCCGUUACAUUCAUUUUGUUGACAAUUCUUCGGCAGUAACUGAUAGGAAUAACCCCGCUUAUGAUAAACUAUAUAAAGUGCGCCCUGUUCUAGACAGAAUAGUACAAAAAAUAAGAACUGUUUAUGCCCCGAAGAGGGAGCUCUCUCUGGACGAGUCAAUGGUAGCAUGUAAGUCAAGGUGUUCUUUCAAACAAUUUAUGAGGGAUAAACCCAUCAGGUGGGGACUGAAAUUGUUUAUGAUAUCCGAGUCAGUCACUGGAUAUGUGUGCAAUCUGAAAGUGUACACUGGAAAAGAGAAAGAAGGCAGUGACAAUGGUGCAACCCAUGAUGUUGUCUUGUCAGUCACCUCUCCCUUUUUAAAUAAGGGACACCAUUUAUAUAUGGACAAUUAUUACACAAGUGUCCCCGCAUUCCAGGAGUUGUUACGACGAUCAACCCCCGCUUGCGGCACAGUAAGAGCAAAUAGGAAAGGACUCCCAAACACGGUAAAUGCAAAGUUUCCUGUGGUAAAAGAACUGAAGAGAGGCGAUUCAAUUCACAUGUACAAAGGAUCCCUCACAGCUGUCACUUGGAAAGACAAAAAGACAGUAACCCUACUUACCUCUCUACCUGUUGAGGAGACUUCAGACAUAGUGCAAAGAUCAGCUAAAGUUUCUGGGAAAUGGGAAAAGAUAAAUGUAACUCGACCCAAAACUGUAACUCUGUACAACACUUACAUGGGUGGUGCUGACUUGUCUGAUCAACGCAUCAAUGCCCACAAGCGUAUGAUGAAAGGUGUGGUGUGGUAUUUGAAACUUUUUUGGUUUUUGCUUGAUACUGCUAGAGUAAACUCUUACAUCCUUUACAAGAAAACGAGUGGAAAAUCAAUGAAACUGAAAGACUUCACUUGUCACCUAGCUGAAGAACUCAUUGGACAAAAUGUAAAGGAAGUAACAUCAGGCAGACCUCUAGCCACACUUCCCACUUGUGUGCGUUCUAAUCGCGAUCUCAACCAUGCACCAGCUAUGUCAGAAGAUAGAAAAAGAUCUGCUUGUGCUGUUCAUUUACAGAGGGUGGACACAAUCUACAUAUGUACUGUCUGCAAGGUCAGGAUGUGUCCUGCUCCUUGCUUUUACAGAUAUCAUUACAUGGUUGACUAUACAUAA